AUGGAGAUCGGAAGUAUGGCAUUUGCCAACCUAUACGGUUUUCCUAGCGAUCACGACUUGCUUAAUGUUGAAGAUGAUGACUACAGUCACGGUCUGGGCGCGUCGAUGCUCCAAAGUCACAUCGCGUUUCCUUAUCCUUUGGAACCCCUUGCACACUCCGGGAUAUUUGCUCCGCCCUCUGCUUUUGACGUGGGUCUGUCCUCCACCCUGGCCAACAAAGCAGACCCGCAGCAGUUGGACAGUGGAGCCUCGGAUCCACCAGAUCGUUUCCAUCUCUCCCAGGCUGCCGACAUACUCAGAUAUCCUCAGACUGAAAUCGACCAACAAGCUCAAGAAAAAUUCCCUACAGCCCCACAGAACAAAACACCAGCGAGUAAGCGGGGGCCACGAAGACUUCGAAGACAAAACCACUCGUGCGAUCCCUGCCGUUCAGCGAAAAGGGCCUGCGAUUUGCCGCCCAAUGCCAACCACGUGGAUAAUCUUUCUUCAUCACCAUGUUCCAUGUGCAAGCUACGAGGCACCGACUGCACGGUUGUAUGGCGUGCGAGCAAGCAAUCCCAUAAACCAAAGAAGUCGGCGUCUGUUUCUUUCGUUAAGAGUCAUUCUACCGACCAUGACCUUGAUUCCAUCAACAAGUACACCGACGAUUCUCUCUCACCUACCACCCCCAAUAGCUUAUCGAGCCACGAGUCUGUCCUAGUCUGCCAUAUGAUGACUUCCGAAACAUGCGCUCAGAAAUUGGAUGUAUACAUUGACAUAUUCGAUGACCCAAUGUCAAAACUUCUUUCGAAGAGGUGCAUGGCUCCUUGCUACUCUUUGGGGAUUGCCGCUUUAACACCACUGAGCCGCAAUACACAGCUGGCUGCACAUUUUAGCCAGGCUCAAUCGAGCAUCAAGAAUAGCUGGGAAAAGGGUUCUUCCCCUCGGCCAACUUCCGCCGCGUCACGGUUGUUCCUUACAGCUAGUAUUCUUGACUCGCUAUUUCAGAGCCCCAAUUCCCACUCUAAAUGCGCACGAUCGGUAUCGCGCGAUAACGCCUUGAUUGAAACCUACAAGUGGGUUGCCAUUGCAACUGGGUCGCAAUUUUCUGUCAACGAAAGCGAUGCGGAGAACAUGUGGAAGUCUCACAAGCAAACCAGAGACGUUGCAUACGCUACAUGGUGCAAGGCAAAACAUAUGGUGUUCGAGAAUAUUGCAAACAAGUCAUUUCGUCUUGGAUUAUCACUCCUUCUCUUUGGUAUAAUCCUACCCCCCACUGAGUCGGACAAGAGCUGCGAGUUUGAAGAGGACGCUGCCUACGCACUCCACGAGGGCCUUCGUCGACUCCAUACGCUAUGCGCUGAGGCUCGUGCUUACCUCCAGAAUUGCAGUACCCAGUCGGCUCUUCUUACACCUUUGAUGGGCCUGCGAAAACCAUGUUUGCUGCAAAAUUUGUCCACUGGCGCCCUUGAAAACGUCCUAGAGCUGAUCGCAGCUUUUGAAUGGCUUGUUGAGAUGUUACAAUCAGUAGCCAUUUCCCUCUUCCCAUGUCGAAGUUUUACUUUUGCACUGUCUAUUGGUAACUUUAGUGCCGAGCACAGCCACUCGAUAGAGAAGGUUACUCAGAGGUCCGAUGGUAAGAGCGUGGAUAAUGGGCGAGACUCGAACACAAUGGAUGAUGCCAUUAUCGCGCGGGUCACGGCAGGAUCCCCAACCGUGACAGUGUUAUGGAGUCAAGGCUUUCCGGAGCAUCUUGUGCAUAGCGCCUUGCUUGAGUCUGGGUCCGUCGUCAUCUUAGUGUGGAAAGCACUCGCUCGCUUGACUCUAUCAAUUCGAAAAGUGGGCGCCGGCGAUGCCAACUACACAGAGAUUCAUCAUCGUUUUAACAUGAUGACAAUGCUCAUUGAUCUAUGGAGAACGACAUUUGGUACCGUUGACCAUGCCUCGGCUUUGAGUUUGCAACUAUCAACGGCCAAUGUGCGGCGCGGUGUAUUAUUCUGCGCUACUGAUGGCAACCUCGGGGUGCUUCUAUUCUACGAGCUUUGCUGCCAACUUCAGAGGCAUCUGGAGGACCAGCCACAAUCUCUAGGAAACAAACUUCGCGAAACGCUAAAUCUAACCCGGAAUUACUCGAAUUACCAACGACUUACAAGCGCGAUGCAAAUUUCCUACCUCACCUCAGCGACUCACGGGCUUUCAAGCCCGGGCUUCCAAGGAGAAGGUGGACUGAAGUCGAAUAUCGAAGACAUUCGGGCACACCCACAUCCUACUAUGGUGGUGCAAGCACACCGACUAGCCGCCAAGUGCUUUGCAGAAGAAAUUCAGAACUCCGUUCACACAGUAGAUAUAAAACGUAUUUCAGACCUAUCUGCUUCUCUCGAAAGCUGUCUGCGGGAGCUGCAGGGACUUCAAAAUGCUCUAGUCAUGUACCCAGGCGCAGAACUGGGUGAUGAGAAUGUAACAUCGUCUUGA